CUUCCUUAGGAGAUUUGCCAUCUCGAAUUGGCCUUUUCAAUAAGAAAUAGUAGUUUACUGUUACAAGUGGUAUCAAAGCCAUUUGUUUUCUUUUCAUGGAAACUAGGUCAAUGGGGCAAAAUUCUGAUUUGGUGCAGUUCAGGAAGGAGUUUAAGCAGUUGAAGGAUGAUUUUGAAGGGAGGAAUGCAAGACAGGAUAGUUUUGAGAAGAAGCAGGAUGAUAAGUUUGCUUUCAUAAGUGCAAGGCAGGAUUGUUUGGAGGUGAAGUUGGAUGAGAGGUUGGAUCAAUUGUUGAGUUACAUUAAAGAAUUGCAGAAGGGAACAGAACAGAAAGAUAAAAGUGUAUCUUUUAAUUCCAUGGAGGCCAAUUUUUGUUCAACUUCAAAAGGAGGAAGGUAUGCAGGAGAUGGUGGAGAAUUUCAUGCAGGAGAUGGAUUCUACACUAAGUCCAUUCGGUUGGAGUUUCCAAAAUUCAAUGGGAAGGAUCCAUUGAAUUGGUGUUACAAGGCUGAGCAGUUCUUUGAUCACUAAAUCAAAUUCUUUUGUUGCUUGGGAUGAUUUUGCUAGAGCAUUACAGAUUAGAUUUGGUAUGGGGUCUUAUGAUGAUCCUAUGGAAACAUUGUCAAAGUUGAAACAAGAAGAGGAUCUUUGGAAGAAUAUAAAAAACAGUUUGAAGUUUUAGCCAAUAGGGUGGCUGAUUUGCCUGAAGCACAUAAACUGAGUUGUUUUACUGGGGGUUAAAAGAUGAAAUUAGAUUGGCAGUGAAGAUGUUUAAACCUAUGGUUCUAAUGGAUGCUUAUUCUUUAGCCAAAAUCCAAGAGGAUUAUAUAUUCAAUUUCAGAAAGAGCAAUAAGCCCCAAUGGAAUGCCCUUCCCUGUAAUAAUGUUGGCAGAAGUUUUGGGGGAGAGAAUAAGGGUACUGGGUUGUUGGGAGGAAAAACUAAUUUGUUUGGGCAGCAAAAGGAUUCUGAGAAUGUUGGUAUUGUUGAUAAUCAGCACAAGUCUAAUAUUCCUAUUUCUGGUUCGGCAGUGUUGCCAGUGCAGAAAAUUUCUAAUGUUGAGAUGAUGGAAAGAAGAAAAAAUGGGUUAUGUUAUAAUUGUGAUGCUAAGUGGAGCCGUGGCCAUGUUUGUGCUUCACCAAGAUUGUUCUUGCUUGAGGGGGUUGAGCACAAGUGGAUUGAGGAGCCUACGCUUUUGGUGACACGCUUCGAGUAUGCAAACCUUUUCCACACUGUUACAGAUUGGUACAGUGCAUACGUCUCUUCAAGAGUUACAGGGUUGCCCAAUCGACCUAAGUUGGUUUUUGUGGAUGGCCACUGUAUGGCACCCUUGGAAGAAACAUGGAAAGCAUUGUUUUCUAGUCUUCGAUAUGCUAAAAACUUUAGUGGUCCAGUUUGUUUUCGCCAUGCUAUUCUUUCACCUUUGGGAUAUGAGACUGCACUAUUUAAAGGGCUUUCUGAAGAAAUAAAUUGUCAUGGAGCAUCUGCACAUGACCUGUGGCAAAACCCUGAUGACAAGAAAACUGCCCGAUUAUCUGAAUUUGGGGAAAUGAUUAGAGCUGCCUUUCGGUUUCCAGUAAACAGACACCAUGUUGAAAGGCCAGUCUCAGGUCCUAAUGUCCUCUUUGUUCGACGGGAAGAUUAUUUAGCUCAUCCUCGUCAUGGCGGUAAAGUUGAAUCGAGGCUUAGCAAUGAACAAGAAGUGUUUGAUUCCCUGAAGAGCUGGGCAUUGAAUCAUAAAGUGUGCAAUGUAAACCUUGUCAAUGGAUUGUUUGCACACAUGUCCAUGAAGGAGCAAGUCCGAGCCAUUCAAGAUGCUUCAGUUAUUAUUGGUGCUCAUGGUGCAGGUCUGACUCACAUAGUAUCUGCAAUGCCAAAAACUGUGAUUCUGGAGAUCAUUAGCAGCCAAUAUCGACGGCCACAUUUUGCAUUGAUAGCUCGGUGGAAAGGGUUGGAAUAUCAUGCAAUUAAUCUUGACGGAUCAUUUGCCAAUCCACCAGUUGUCAUUGACAAGCUUAGCAGCAUAAUGAGGAGCCUGGGAUGCUGAAAUGUGUUUGGUUUUGGCCAAAUUCCAUUGGAGGUGAUGGAAAUAUGUUUCAGUGUCUAUUUGAACGCCAUCAUUCCUCUUUCCUGGAUCUUAUAGUGAAUGAGCUUCUACUUGCUUCUGCUGCUGUUGCAAUAUUUCGAUGGGAAUCUUAUGGUGAAGAGACAGAAAAUUGGAUUUACUUAUCAUUGAGAGAGGUGGUUGGAUUAUAUAUACCCUGAUUUUUGCUUCGGUCAAUUUUUCCAUGCCUUUGGGGAAGUAGCUGAUAGGAGUCAUAAUUUUUCUUGUAUACUAAUUCUUUGUUACUGACACAAGUGUCUUCUUGUACAAUAGAUCGAUUCACUACCUAUUUUAAAUCAGAAUUCUUUGAAAGUACAAUAUGUUUACGGGUUCGAAUUGAGAUUUGCAGUUUCAAAACGUGUAAUUUAAAAGAUAGCAAUAUGAAAGGGCCAUAAAAAGCUUUCCUUUUU